GUGUGUGUCUGUGUGUCUGCAGGCCGGACCCGGACCCGGCACCCGGAGCAGCAGCGGCACCGGCACCGGCACCGGGAUUAGCGGCAGCAACAGCACCGGGAGCAGCAGCAGCAGCAGCAGCAGCGGCAGUAGCACCGGCACCCGGGAGUGAGCUGAGCAGGGAGCAGGGAGCGAGCAGCGGGCACCGGUCACGCAGCCAUGAGACCGGCGCUGAGCCCGGGGGCGGCGGCUCCCCCACUCCCCACCUCCCGCAGCGGCAGCAAACGACAGCAGCGGAUCCCCCAGCCCAGCAGCAGGAUGAGUGGUGAGAGUGGCAGUAGCAGUGGGCGUCCCCUGCGGGUGGGCUCGCGGGUGGAGGUGAUUGGCAAGGGUCACCGCGGCACGGUGGCUUACGUGGGUGCCACCAUGUUUGCCUCGGGCAAGUGGGUGGGCGUGAUCCUGGACGAUGCCAGGGGCAAGAACGACGGCACCGUGCAGGGCAAGCGCUACUUCACCUGUGAUGACAACCGCGGCAUCUUUGUGCGCCAGUCCCAGAUCCAGGUUGUGGAGGACAGCGGUGACACCACCUCCCCCGACACUCCCCAGGAAACCACUGCCUCAAAGGUGCCCAAACGAGAGAUGACGGAGACUCCGAAGAUGAGCAAGCUGCGUGGAACCAAGCCAAAGAAGCACGCAACAAAAGCUUCUCACAAUGCCUCGGCUCCGGCAGCAAGAAAGCAACCUGUCCGCCGCACAAAAGGUGACCCAUGGAGCCCAGCAAGCGGGACCUCUCGAGCUGGUGAGCACAGUCCCGGAGCACCCUGCCUGGGAUCUCAUCCGGGCCAGCAGCCUUACUAG